GAUGCUUUGUCGCGAGUAUCAACAGUUUAUGAGCUCCAUCGUUUGAAUCUCUUAAUUCUCACCCUUCUCCCCGUCCUCGUCGCACCCACCGAACGUGAUAUACGCAUCCUCAAUUCAUAUAUCUCUACGCCGCCGCCCACCCUCUUACUCCACAACAUUAUUGUCAGUUCCCCCCAAACUACGACGUGUCAAACUUCGCAGACAUCAAGACCCCUGUAUUCUCUCCUCUAACUGCGAUCAUUCCUACAAUGAUUAACACACCUUUGGAGCGGAAAUGAAGACACCGUUACGCCGAACCCUGCUAUUUUUGCGCUGGAGAGGAUAAAGUGGGCUACGGAAAUUGUCAAUAUGCACCACCCAAUAACUACUAUUUGCGACCAAUGACUCCGGGCCUGUGUGUGUUGACU